CAUGGAGCCCGACUCGGUGAUCGAGGACAAGACCAUCGAGCUCAUGACAAGUCUGAGAAGGAAACCCCAUUCGAAUCCCCUUUCAUUCUGGAUUGGUGGAUCUGAAGCCCAGAAACAAAGUUUCAGAACACGUCAGUAAUGGAGGAUCAGAAUGAAGAUGAGUCUCCAAAGAAAAAUACCCUAUGGCAGAUAAGUAAUGGGACUUCAUCUGUGAUUGUCUCGAGAAAAAGACCAUCAGAAGGAAACUACGAAAAGGAAAAAGACUUGUGUAUUAAAUACUUUGACCAGUGGUCUGAAUCAGAUCAAGUUGAAUUUGUAGAACACCUCAUUUCACGAAUGUGUCACUAUCAGCAUGGACAUAUWAACUCUUACUUGAAGCCCAUGUUACAACGGGACUUCAUCACUGCGUUACCAGAGCAAGGCUUAGAUCACAUAGCGGAGAACAUCCUUUCCUAUCUCGACGCCAGAUCACUGUGCGCGGCAGAGCUGGUGUGCAAGGAAUGGCAGAGAGUCAUUUCGGAGGGAAUGUUGUGGAAGAAGCUCAUAGAACGCAUGGUACGCACGGACCCGCUGUGGAAAGGUCUGUCGGAACGGCGGGGCUGGGAUCAGUACCUGUUUAAAAACAGACCAACGGAUGGCCCCCCAAAUUCAUUUUACAGGUCCUUAUACCCAAAGAUAAUACAGGAUAUAGAGACUAUCGAAUCUAACUGGCGCUGUGGGCGGCACAACUUGCAGAGGAUUCAGUGCCGCUCCGAGAACAGCAAAGGYGUCUACUGCUUACAGUACGACGAUGAGAAGAUCAUCAGUGGCCUACGGGAUAACUCCAUUAAGAUCUGGGACAAAACAAGCUUGGAAUGUUUGAAAGUAUUAACAGGACAUACCGGCUCCGUUCUUUGUCUGCAGUAUGACGAGAGAGUUAUUGUAACUGGAUCUUCAGAUUCUACAGUGAGAGUUUGGGACGUGAACACGGGUGAAGUUCUGAACACGCUGAUUCACCACAACGAGGCUGUGCUUCACUUGAGGUUCAGCAAUGGCCUCAUGGUGACCUGCUCAAAGGACAGAUCCAUCGCUGUCUGGGACAUGGCAUCCCCUACUGACAUCACCCUGCGUCGCGUCCUCGUUGGCCAUCGUGCUGCUGUGAACGUCGUGGACUUCGAUGACAAGUACAUUGUGUCAGCGUCAGGGGACAGGACCAUUAAAGUGUGGAGCACAAGUACCUGCGAGUUUGUCCGUACUCUGAACGGGCACAAGCGAGGCAUCGCGUGCCUUCAGUACAGGGAUCGACUUGUCGUCAGCGGAUCCUCAGACAAUACUAUUAGGCUAUGGGACAUUGAAUGUGGUGCCUGCUUAAGAGUAUUAGAAGGCCAUGAAGAACUGGUUCGAUGCAUCAGGUUUGACAACAAGAGAAUUGUUAGUGGAGCCUACGAUGGCAAAAUAAAAGUUUGGGACUUGCAAGCUGCCCUUGACCCUCGUGCCCCAGCAAGCACGUUGUGCUUGCGGACGUUAGUGGAACAUUCAGGCCGUGUGUUUAGACUCCAGUUUGACGAGUUUCAGAUCAUUAGCAGUUCCCAUGACGACACGAUUCUGAUUUGGGAUUUCUUAAAUGUGCCACCCAGUGCCCAGAACGAGACCCGCUCUCCGUCUAGAACAUACACGUACAUCUCCAGAUAACAGUGUGCACUUUACUACCCUUGGAAGGGUUUCACAGUCUUGAACUACUGGAUUUUUGGCUACUCCAUGCCUGAAGAUGUUGAUUGACAGCAAACGUCAGAAUUGGUUCUAGAUGCUGUGUAGAUGCAAAGCAGCACAAUCUUGUAUCUAAAUUCCGUAAUCUUUCCUGCUCUCAGUGGUCGUCUCUGAAUUUGCUACAAAUUCACUGACUUCAAGUAGAUGAAUUUCAGAAGCCUGGCCUUCCCUGCAGUGAAAAAUCCAAAGCUUCACCUGUAAAUUGUCYGUAGAAACUGAACUCUGAUGGCUCGUUUUUCAGAAAUAAAUCAGAAGUCAAGAAAGGACUUGGCCUAAUUUAUAUUGCUUUGCACUUUUGUCUGACUUUAAAGGAAAAAAAAAAGAGAAAACAAAAAAAGAAGACAUUCUCCAGUGAAAUUUGGGUGCCAAACACAUGCCCAGAAUGUACAGAGCUUUGCUUUCCAAGUCACCGCUGUCCUGUGGACUUUGCUCUCAAGGCAGAUUCAGAGCCUGUUUUGUUUGCUAGGGGUGUACGUUGGACUCGUAGAAAUAUUCCUGACUUGAUCAGUAAUAUUUUUGGAUUACCAUUUACUGGUUCCUGCACCAAGAAUUUCUUUUAAAUUAAAGAUUACCUGUAAUUGAGGCUAGGUUAUCUAAACUAGUUGUAUAGCACUGUCUUUUUCCUUUUACCUGUGCUCUGUACUACGGCCGUCCUACGCUUCCUGAUGUUUGGUAUAGUAAAUCCUUUCCAUGUGUGCUUGCCUCAUUUCAGAUCCUGUUUAAGCAUGUAGAUAUAAUGUACAUAAMAGCGUAAGCUCCUCCGCGUUGGAUGUCAGGGUAUCCUGACACUACACACUAAUACUUGCCGUGUUAGCACUUGGCAGCAGGAUGUUCUAACCACUGGCACUGCAGGGGUUAACGCGAGUUACCCAGAAAUUUUCACUGCAAAAAGGAGGUUUUCAGUAUUCAUUAGGAUUUUUUUUUUAAAUGGGAACUACGUAUUUUAAAAUGUAAUUUCUAAACUUUUUAAAAAUUAAAAAAAAAAAGUUUAAUUUAUGUUCUGUAUGUUACAUUCUGUGCUGCAGUAUUGACAGAUGUCUUUCUUUUAACAGCAGUAGGUCGUGGCUGCCGCCUGCCGAGGUCCUUCCUCGGUGCCGGCGUGGCUGCCCGACGGAGAGGAUGCCGAGGACCCUGUUCAAACCGAUUUCUCUGUAGUUUGUGGCGCAGCCGGGCUCCCCGCACUGGCGUUUUGUCCUAUGCCCGCCUYGUGGCUGGUGUCCCGGUGUCCGGUCAGCUUCUGGUUCCCUUUGCAAACCUGGGCAGCUGCUGCUCGCACUGCCUGCGUCCCAUUGCCACGCUCACCUUGACACUGCUGCGAUUUUUGGUCAGGACGAGCCGCCGGUAGGUACAAAGCUGUAGGCUUUGUCCUCGUGAGCCGCGUGUGACUCUACCUGGGGCUUUCCCUCAGCCCUYGGGAAAGGGCCGAAGUCCGUGCCCUCACAUGCGGCACAAGCGGAGGCCGUCCCCRCGCAGCACCUCGGCCUCCGCAGCGCUUCCUGUCCCCGUUGGUGACAGAGGGCUCGGGGGACACGUUGUGUCCAUGCCGAGGGGCGCCCGGAGCCGAGCCGCGAGGAGGGCGCCCCAAGGCCUCAGCCCAUCCCAGGAGGGGUGGCGGGGUCGGCGUUUCCCUUGCUGCACACGGAGCCUCUGUCUCUCCCCUUCUCCUCCCCUAGCUUGAAUAUGAAACUGUUCAAAAAGAAUCUCUUGCAGCCCUGAAGAAAAAGGUAUUUGUUUAUGAAGAAUGGAGUCUUUUUUUUUUUUUUAAAGUGCAUGUGUAAGAGUUAAAUUCCUGUUUUUCCUUGGGAGAUGAUGGUAUUUAAACAUGCAGCCUGAACUUCUUCGUGCUUUGUGUAACACAGCAGUGGACUCUUGUGAUCGGCACCCACGAGCGCGGCUCCUGGGGCUAAUGGUAGUGAUCCUGGCUGCCCUCUAGACUUUGUUUUGCUAACCAUAACCGAGCAACUGUACAUUACUGCUAUAUUAAUGUUUCAAAGCACUGGGAUAGUCGAAUUCUAACUUGUAAUUUUGUUUGCCAAUUAUCUGUUUGGAAAGUUGGUGUAUGAACAGCUUAUUGGAACUGUUAAAUUGUACAGAUAUCGUUGAUGAUCUAAAGCUUUGUACUGUGGAAUGUGCUUAAUAAAAAAGAACGUUUGAACUGAA